CUUUGGUGCGUGCGUGAGUGCCAGUAAAAGCGGGAAUGUCGCAGCAGCUGGAGGAUCAAACAUUCCACAAUUGUGUCUCCAAAGUGGUUUUCAUAUCGCAAUUUUUCGGUUUGUUGCCCGUCUCCAACAUAUUGGCCAAUGAUGUGCAUCGAGUCUAUUACACUUGGUUUAGUCUACAUACCCUUUAUUCGGGGAUUAUAUUGCUUUUGAAUACACUGGAAUUUGUUACUGUGGGAUAUUUGGUGUUCAAAUUUGGUUUAAAUUUUCACAAUUCAGGUACAAUAUCUUUGUUUGUGGUGUGCAUGCUGGAGCAUGUGUACUUUUGGCGUUUGGCCAUAAAGUGGCCAUUUAUCAUGCGAGCCUGGCGCCGCACAGAAGAGAUAUUCCUGCGACCGCCCUAUCGUAUAUAUGCGACAUAUAAUAUGAAGGCACGCAUUUACGCAUUAACCUGUCUGGUUAUGUUCAGUGCCAUGGUGGAGCACAGUUUUCUUGUGUUUAAUUCAUUUCAUAAAAGCAAUUUAGAACGCACGCAAUGCAAAUACAAUAUCACUUUCUGGGAAAGUCUCUACAGACGGGAAAGGCCACACUUAAGCAAAGUUGUACCUUUUAACUUUUGGUAUUUGCCUGUGGUGGAGUGGAUUAAUUUAACCUUGGCUUACCCCAGGUCAUUUACUGAUGCCUUCAUCAUUUGUGUAAGUGUGGGGUUGGCAUCACGUUUUCAUCAACUUUAUCUACGGAUCGAAUCUGUGCAUAACAAGGCCUUACCAAUGCUUUUCUGGACCGAAGUACGUGGACAUUUCCUUGAGUUGAUACAUCUUAUGCGUUUACUUAACGACAAAAUAGCGCCGCUGAUACUAUUAGCAUGCAGUAAUAAUAUGUACUUUAUCUGCUUUCAGCUGUUCAAUAGUUUCCAAAAUAUCGGCGUUGACCUGAUUGCUGUAACCGCUUUCUGGUAUUCCUUGUUUUUCGCCAUCUUUCGCACCAUUCUUACACUUUUCAUGGCCUCCUCUGUUAAUGACUACAGCAAGCGGAUAUUGUGUACGCUGCGCAGCGUACCAAGCACGUCGUGGUGUGUGGAGGCCCAACGGUUCAGCGAGCAGUUGGCUUUCGACUUAACAGCUUGGUCAGGCUGCGGUUUCUUCUUCAUUACGCGACAACUAAUUUUGGCGAUGGCCGGUACAAUCUUUACCUAUGAGGUGAUGGUUACGGAUGUCAUCAACAAGGGCUCCAUUCAGCAAGUUACGAGCUAUUGCAGGCCGAUUGAGUACGAAGCUGAAAAUGAGUGAACUUAAAUGAACUGCGUAUUGAUUAGAUAUAACGAGAGCAUAUGUAAAAAAUAAUGCGAGAAAUAAAGUGAAACAAAUAAA